CGCCAUGCAGCAGGACAAAUGGGGUGUGUUAGUCUCAUUUAAUUACCAGAACAACAAGAUGCUUCUGUCUCUCCAGUCUCCAGUCAGACUCCUCAGUGUUUUGGUUUUCCAUCUUCUCCUCACACACCUUUGUAGAGGUCAGUCUCAGUUAGUUGGUCCAUCUCAGCCAAUAGUGGCAAACGUUGGUGAUGACAUCAUUUUGCCAUGUCACCUGGAGCCUGCGGAGGAUGUUGCUGCCAUGACGCUGGAGUGGACGAGAUUGGGCCUGAAACUUAAACUUGUCAAUGUGUGGCGUGAUGGUCAGGACCUUGAUACUAGAAGUCCAUCUUACAGAGGAAGAACUUUUCUAUUCACUGAUGAACUGAAGAAAGGAAACAUUUCACUGAAACUCUCCACAGUGAAACUUUCUGAUACGGGGAGAUACAAAUGCUUCAUUCCAGAAAUUGAUAAAGAAUCUUUCAUUGAACUUGUUGUUGCAGGUGCUGUUUCCUUGCCUGUCAUUAAUUUAGCAGGGAUUGAUAGAGACAAAGAGGGAGUGGUUCUCCAGUGUGAGUCUUCUGGCUGGUAUCCAGAGCCUGAGCUGUUGUGGCUGGACGGUGAGGGAAAGCUCCUCUCUGCUGGACCUACAGAGACAGUCAGAGGUCCUGAUGACCUCUAUACUGUCAGCAGCAGAGUGACUGUGGAGAAGAGACACAGCAACAGCUUCACCUGUAGAGUCCACCAGAAGGACACCAACCACACCAGAGAGACACACAUCACUGUUCCAGAUGAUUUCUUUAAGGUCCAGUCCAGUUCUUCUGGCACAACUGGUUUAGCUGUUGGUCUGGCUGUUUCCUGCAUCCUGGUUAUCGUGCUGCUUGUGAUUCUUGUGUUGAAACUGAGACAAAACAAAACCAAGACCAAGAGAAGCAGGAAGGAUACAACUGAUGGAGGAGAUCAGAAUGUUACUGAAGAAGAAAUGAAGACUUUGAAGGGAAAAAAGAAAAAGAAGAGCAAACAUAAGUUGGAGGAGGAGCAGCAGAGGAGAGAAGAAGCUGAGAACAGAGUUCAGGUCCUGGAGGAGGAGCUGCAGACUAAGAUCAGGGAGCUCCAGGAUGAACAGAGCAGGAGAAAGAGAGAAGUUCAGCAGAAGGAAAAGGAGUUGCAGGACCAGACUGUUAAGCUCCAGCAGGAGACACAGAGAAAGAAUGAAGCUCUGAGAGACGUGGAGACCCUGAAGACUGAGCUGGAGAACAAGAUAAAACAGCUGGAGAAACACCUCCAGGAGGAGAAGAGCUUGAAGACAAACCUGCAGAACAAGAACACACAGCUGGAGAAGCAGUUUGAAGAGGAGAAGAACAGGAGGAUGAAGUUAGAGAAGGAAGUGGAGAGCUUGAAGACACAGCUGCAGCAAAGUUCCUGGUUCUGGGGGGCAAACAAAUCAUGAGAGAACGUCCAGCAGGAUGACCAGAUCAACCAGUCAGAGUCACACCAACCUGCAAUCUAAUGCUUUAAACAUUAUACAUCAGAGAGAGAAGGACUCACAACUCCCUGCUCUCCUUGUGCUGUAUUCAACAAAAAUGCGUUUUAUUAUAAUAUUUGUUAUUUUGUAUUCUUUGUAAUUACAUUUUACAUUAAUUGUCUUUCUAUCUUUGUAUACUGAGUUUUUUUUUUGCAAAAGCAGACUUGCAAACUUUUGU